GGUACAUCAGCGAGUACAUGGCGCCGUCGGCCUACGAGGGGGACGGCGAGGCCGCGCUCAAGGUGCCGUCGCCGGACGCCAUCUACCCCGGCGGCCGGGGGGACUACGGGCCGGGGGACUCGGAGCCGCCCGACAGCCCCCACUCGGGCAUGGCGGGGGGUUACAUCAACGGCGACGCGGCGGUGAGCGAGGGCUACGCCGUCGACGCCUUCUUCAUCACCGACGGGAGGUCGCGGCGCAAGGCGGUGAGCGGGGCCCGGAGCCUGCAGCGCCAUACCUGCGGGGAGUGCGGCAAGACCUACGCCACCUCCUCCAACCUCAGCCGGCACAAGCAGACGCACCGCAGCCUGGACAGCAAGAUGGCCAAGAAGUGUCCCACCUGCGGCAAGGUCUACGUCUCCAUGCCGGCCAUGGCCAUGCACCUCCUCACCCACGACCUGAAGCACAAGUGCGAGGUGUGCGGCAAAGCCUUCAGCCGGCCCUGGCUGCUGCAGGGCCACAUGCGGUCGCACACCGGGGAGAAGCCCUUCGGCUGCGCCCACUGCGGCAAGGCCUUCGCCGACCGCUCCAACCUGCGCGCCCACAUGCAGACCCACUCCGCCUUCAAGCACUUCAAGUGCAAGCGCUGCAGCAAGACCUUCGCCCUCAAGUCCUAUCUCAACAAGCACUACGAGUCCGCCUGCUUCAAGGGCGCCGCCGUGCCGCGGGCGCUGCGGACACUGCGCACGCUGCAGACACUGCGCACACUGCACGCGCUGCACACACUGCACACGCUGCAGGCACCGCACGCGCUGCGCGCACCCAGCGUGCCGCGGGCGCUGCGGACACUGCGCACGCUGCAGACACUGCGCACACUGCACGCGCUGCACACACCCAGCGUGCCGCAGACGCUGCAGACACUGCGCACGCUGAACACACUGCAGACACUGCACGCACUGCACGCACUGCACACACCCGGCGUGCUGCAGACACUGCGCGCACUGCACACGCUGCAGACACUGCACGCGCUGCACGCGCUGCGCACACCCAACGUGCUGCAGACGCUGCAGACACUGCGCGCACUGCACACGCUGCAGACACUGCACGCACUGCAGACACUGCACACACCCAACGUGCUGCGGAUGCUGCGGACACUGAACACGUUGCACGCACUGCACACACUGCAGACGCUGCAGACACUGCGCGCACUGAACGUGCUGCAUGUCCUGCUGACACUGCACACACUGCACGCACUGCACACACCCACCGUGCUGCGGACGCUGUGGACACUGCACACACUGCACACGCUGCAGACGCUGCGUGCACUGCACGCACCCAACGUGCUGCGGGCGCUGCAGGCGCUGCAGACACUGCACACACUGCACACACUGCACGCACCCACCGUGCUGCGGGCGCUGUGGACACUGCACACACUGACCACGCUGCAGACGCUGCACACGCUGCAUGCACUGCGCGCACCCACUGUGCUGUGGAGGCUGCAGACACUGCACACACUGAACAUGUUGCACGCACUGCACACACCCAACACGCUGCAGACACUGCAGACGCUGCACACGCUGCAGACACUGCACGCGCUGUGCACACCCAGCGUGCUGCGGACGCUGCAGACACCACAGACCUCCAACACGGCGCACAUCCUGCAGACACUGCACACUCUGAACAUGCUGCAUGUCCUGCUGACGCUGCAGGCACUGCACACACUGCACACGCUGCAGACGCUGCAAACACUGCAUGCAUUGCGCACACCUAACGUGCUGCGGACGCUGCAGACACUGCACACACUGCACACGCUGCAGACGCUGCAAACACUGCAUGCAUUGCGCACACCUAACGUGCUGCGGACGCUGCAGACACUGCACACGCUGCACGCACUGCACGCACUGCGCGCACCCAACGUGCUGCGGGCGCUGCAGACACCCAACGCGUUGCACAUCCUGCAGACACUGCAGACACAGCGCACGCUGCGCGCACCCAAGGCGCUGCGGAUGCUGCACACACUGCAGACACUGCACGCACUGCACACACUGAACAUGCUGCAGACACUGCAGACGCUGCGCACACUGCACACAGUGAACAUGCUGCACGUCCUGCACACGCUGCAGACACUGCAUGCGCUGCAGACACUGCAUGCACUGCAGACACUGCAGGUCUUGCGCAACUUCACCAUCGAGGCGGUGUCCACCGAGGACAUCCGCACCGUCUUCCGCUUCAUCCUGAUGCCCGAGAA